GGAUAUCAACAUUCAUCCCUUUCUCAUCGGCUGAUGUGGAGCUACGUCACUACGCGCUCUCACUCUCACUCUCACCUUCACUCCCAAGUUGCCAGUUUCUCGCUUGAUGGUCCUUAUUCACUCGCGCAGAUUUGGAGCGCCCGCUUUCUGAGAGAGAUUGCCCUUGCGUUACUCACUAAUGCUCCUUCCUUAUCCUUACUCCACCUUCACACGUCACUCGUUCUACACCUACUCAGAUGCUGUUCGGUCUUCUCCUGCAAAUCACAGCGCUUGCGACUGCAGCUGUGGUCAAGCAUAAACCAAAUUCUGACUAUGUCUUCACCUGCAAUACUCCCAUUCCCCCUCUCCCCAACGGGACCAUGGUCACGAGCUGGGCGCAGUAUCUCGAUUCGACUGGUGACGAUCUCGACUCGGGCGGCCAGGGUGCUGUUGAUCACUUUGGUGGCCCUGCUGGUAAAGCUCCGUUGAAAUGGCCUCGUAACUCAGAGAACAUGGCUAUUGUCCCUUACUGCUAUUAUAACGAGCAUGAUCGCGAUGCGGCCCACGAGGUAAUCGAGGCCGCUAUCAACAAGUGGAUGAGUUACAUUGGUCCUCCGGGAAAAGAAUCCGGCCACGCCAUUAAUUUCGAAGAGCUCCUGGAUAAGGGACAGCCAGUAUACUGCUACGAGCCGAACCCGAACGAUUCAGACCCUGACUUCCCCUGGUUUUAUAACAAACAUCUGACUAACGAGAUCGUAACGAUCAUGGUGAACAAGGGAGCGGCCGGUUGGGGGGCUGGUGUAGGUCUAAGGGCUGACCAGUCGCAUCCGUGGGGGAACAUGUUCUACGUCCCGGAUACAGGUGAACUUGUGAACGUGGAGUGGGCGGCUAUGCACGAGCUUGGUCAUGUCAUGGGUAUGGCGCAUGAACACCAGCGUGCUGAUAGAGACGACUAUAUCGUGGUCAGGCCCGAGUUAUUGGAUGAUUUCGAACAGUGCUACGAGCGCGCCCACGCAAAGAACGCUAGAGUAACCAAAGAAAAUGUAUGCGCCUCCCUGAGAUAUGCACUUCGGAACGAGUGCGUGUGCAAAGAUAUCAUCAAAGGCAUGGCCGAAUUCUACCUCCCUCUCUUUAGCUUCGACAAAUACGACAUCGACAGCAUCAUGCAUUACCCGAGCGCCCUUGGGGGUACAGUCAAUUGCCAACUGUACAGCGGCGAGGAGGACACUGCUGAGUGUCCUAUUCAAGUCUACAAGAACUUUGAGGAUCAUAGCCAAGGGACUACGAAGCUGACGCCGAACUUGAAACCGUCUGCUCAGGAUAUAGCGUGGGUUAAGAAGGUCUACGCUUGGGAUGACAAGGGUGGAACAUAGGGUGCGGCGGAGUCAUUGGCUACCGUCGCAACGUCUUUGGUAGCUACCUGAAGCUUCGAGCCGUUACGUGGGAGCAGCGGUAGAAAGGUACUCGGGAAUACUGAGCAAGAUCAGCAAAGCUCUUCCGUUUUCUUAGGAUAGCAAACGAUAUAACUCAGAACGGACUAUGACUUUCACAGUUCAUAGCUCAUUCAUGUCGGAGUCCAUCUCUGAAUAGUAAAAACAAUUACCAAAGCAAAUUAUCUCA